UGAAUUAGCUACGAUUUUUGAAUAGCCCCUCUGCUAUGCUUACCAACCUACCCUGAGCUUCGCAACAGUUGAAGUCCUUGGCUUCAGGAUGUAACAAAUUUUUUAACAAAAUCGGAACCUGCCUACCCCUUGUUCGGCUAGUGGUAAUGAGUUGUAAGUGAUGCGGACGACGAAGUUGUGGACGAGGGGGUCGUCCUCGGCGUGUCCAUUUUAAUUGUCGACGUGUCGAGGGCUGUUGUGAUCCUUCUGGUGAUGGUUCAUCCGUUGGGUAAUCCUGAGCGUUGUGGAUUCUGGUGAUUUGAUACAAAAUUAUUUUUGUAUUUCUUAUAUUUUAAUAUCACGAGUAGGAUUUUAGGAAGUAGAAAAUUAAAAAUCAAACCAGAACUGACUUUAAAGGAGUCGAACAUCUUAAACCCAUAUCUUGCCGUAUUAUGCUUUUAGUAAAAUACUAUUGCACGCCCAUCUUGAAAACGGGAUUCUCGGCUAGUAUACUUAAAAACCAAUACAAAAUCGAUCAAGGUGCAAUCAUUGAUUUAACGGUCUCACAUCUCGUAGGUCAGCAUUUAAAUUAACAUCACAGGGCAUGAAUUUACAGCUUCAAAAUACACCCAACAUUUUUAGAAGACGUGCACCACUCCAUUUAUCAACUGGUUCGACACAUUUGAUCUCCUUUUAUCACGGGUUACCUUGCUGGUUGGGAUUUGCACACGAUUUGCACACGUCCGUUUGCCUAAAUUUAAACCACCGUGUGCAAAACAAACAAUACCAAAUGCAGAGAAGUGCUGCCAUACAUAUAUUAAUUAACAGUCGCAUAUCUCAUGGUUGGAAUGCAGAAUCGAUAUCAUUGUCGAUAUUUGUAUUUUACUUACUGUAGCAUUGAUCUCCUCUUAGCAAUUGUUGACAAACUUGACUGAUGGGCUUUGCACACGUUCACUUUAACCACGGUGCACAUCUUUCUAUUCUUAACCAGCAUUGACAUUGACAUUGAUUGACCACGAACCAAGUCACGUAAACUGUUUGCGCAAUCAGUAUCACGUAUUGUGGACAUGAAUAAAGAACUCGGUAUAAAAGUCACCACUCAAACCGUGCCAAAAUUACUUGGUCUCUGCGACUUGAACACAAUGUACCAAAUAUUGUCCUUUAUUCUAGCCUUCGCCGUCGGGGUGGUAGUUCCUCACGGUGGAAUGAUCGACCCGCCGGGGAGGAACUACAUGUACCACGCAGGCUUCGAAGGAACCCCACCAAACUGGAAUUGGCAAGCUGUCUGGUGUAACGACGUUCCUCAAGCAAUCGACGUCCCGGAAUCUACUUGUGGCAUGUGUGGCGACGUUCCUAGCGAUCCUGCCCCCAGAGAGAAUGAGAAUGGAGGCUAUUAUGGGAAAGCAACCGUUGGCAAGAACUAUACCGCUGGCUCUAUUAUCGAUGUUCGAACCGAAUUCGGCGCUGCUCACUACGGAUACAUGGAGUUUCACUUGUGCCAAACUAGCAUCGAGUCGCCAGGUUGUUUCCAGAAACUUGCAAUUGUUGGAGGAAGUGAAGACAUCAUUCCAGAAGAAAGAAUGUGCGUCCCAUACCCAAACAGCGAAACUAGAAUACUCACCGCCAGACUUCAACUUCCAGCUGGGGUGCGAUGUAACCGAUGCACGUUAAGAUGGACGUAUCGAACAGCUUACCCGGGAUGGGGAGGUUGGCAUGAGUGUGCCGUUAAUCCCAACCCAGCCCAAGUGUUCAGGAAUUGUGCUGACAUUAGCAUCCAGUGAAAAUAGUGGUUAAUUGGUUAAACUCUUAAUGGUUACAAGGCGAGAUGAAAUAAUAUGUAAAUGUAUAUAUAUAUGAAGUAAAUUUAGUAUGUUAUUUACGUC